UAUCUGCAAAAUAGUCCUUUGGAUAUUUAUAACAGAACGGCGGAAAAACCUAUAUUAUUGCCUAGCAGGUGGAAUUUUGCGGAUCGUGGGGAGGGUGUAAGUGUGGAGAGAAAUCAAUUGGGGAUAGGAUAUAGAUCAGACCAUCCAAUCAUUCGAGAAACCGGAAUUUUUUACUACGAAGUUGAUAUCAUAGAUAGUGGUCCUAGGAGAAAGACUGGCUAUUUAAAUAGACAACCAGGCAUGGAUCAUAAAACUAUUGGGUACCAAGGUGAUGAUGGAUUUGUAUUUCUUGAGGCAGGCCUCGGAGGAAAUCCAUAUGGACCUUUGUAUUGUUCGG